UUCAAUCUAGCAAAAUAAAAAUGCUUACCAACACCACACGUAAGACAUAAUGUCAGUGGACGAAAAAAGGCUGAUCGAUGAGAAAACGGCAGCCUUUGUUGUUAUCGGUGGCGGAAUCGCUGGGGUUACCUGCGCAGAAACGUUGUCAGCCCUUUCGCCGGAGAAGAAAGUGAUACUGAUUACAGCUUCUCCUUUGAUCAAAGCAGUCACAAAUUUCCAACAGUUGUCUAAAGCUCUGGAAACCUUUGAUGUGGUAGAGAAGCCCAGUAGCUCACUUCAGUCUGAGUGUUCCAAUGUAGAGAUCAUCCAUGCAUCUGUUACGGCCUUAGACAGCGGAAAACAUAUUGUUGAAACAGAUGCUGGGAAGACAGUGAAAUAUGAUAAACUUUGUAUUUGUACUGGAGGAAAACCAAAGCUAAUCUGCAAAGACAAUCCUUACGUCAUAGGGAUCAGAGACACAGAAAGUGUUCAGGCCUUUCAGAAGAAGCUGUCUGGAUCUAGAAGAAUUGUUGUUGUAGGGAAUGGUGGCAUAGCAACAGAGCUUGUGUAUGAGGUACAGGGGUGUGAGGUGGUGUGGGCAAUCAAGGAUGACUCUAUCAGCACCAUGUACCUGGACGCAGGAGCUGCCCAGUUUAUACUGCCCAAACUAAAGGAGGGCAAGCCCCAACAGUCAGGUCUUCUCAAGCGGCUCAAGUAUACUGUGGCAGACAGCCCCAGCCCAGGUGUUCAGUCAACCCCAGGGGGAGCCCUUGGUCCUGACUGGGCAGAAAAAGUUACCCUCAAGGGAGGUUCUCAGGGAGAUCAACCAAGAGUUCAUGUUGAAUACAAAGUAGAGGUGAAAGAAGUGUGGACUGCUGAAGAAUUCAACGCAAGAAACCCUGGUCAGUCCGAGAGUUCUUCGUCAGGAAAUCAUGAAGAGUGGCCGGUUUGUGUUGAGCUGACCAAUGGUGUGGUUUAUGGCUGUGACCUAGUGGUUAGUGCUACAGGUGUUUAUCCUAACACACACCCCUUCGUUAAGGAUAACCAGUUCAGACUGGGUGCUGAUGGAGGGUUAGAGGUGAACUCUAAAAUGCAGACCUCGGUACAGGAUGUGUUUGCAGCUGGGGAUGUUUGUACAGCAGGUUGGCAACCAUCCCCUCUGUGGCAACAGAUGAGACUCUGGUCCCAGGCGCGACAAAUGGGAGCUUACUCUGCCAAGUGUAUGCUGGCCGAUCUACACCAGGAAGAUAUCCACAUGGACUUUUGCUUUGAACUCUUUGCUCAUGUCACAAAAUUCUUUAACUACAAGGUGAUAUUGUUGGGGAAAUACAAUGCCCAUGGACUGGGCAAAGAUUAUCAUGUUUUGUUACGAAUGACAGAAGGUAAGGAGUAUGUGAAGACAGUGAUGCAUGAUGGGAAGAUGGUUGGAGCCACUCUGAUUGGUGAGACGGAUCUGGAAGAGACGUUUGAAAAUCUGAUCCUUAAUCAGAUGGACCUGAGUUCCUUUGGAGAAGAUCUGUUGUACCCAGGGGUGGAUAUACAGGACUUCUUUGACUGAAUUGUGUUCCAGAGUGAAGAUCAUCCUGUUGUACAUGUGGGAACCUGUAUUUUACUAUCUGAUUAUUUAAUUUUAUAUAUUGCAAAUCAUUGUUUUCUUGAACUAUGUA